GUCUGCCUCCAGCGCCGUUCGCAUCAUCCCUAGUUUAGCCGGCGCCGUAUCAUGGAGCUGAGCCAGCCGAUCUCCCUGUCCGACCACGACGAGCCGGCGUCUGGGCCCCAGCGCGGGGUCAAGGGGCUGGUGGGGCCCGACGCUCCUCGCGGCUGGUCAGAUGAGCCCGAGGAACACGCCCAGCUUCAACGGUGGCCAGAGGGACCCAACCCGCCAAUCUGCUGGCCCGAAGAGGUAGAGGAGCCUGACGCUCCUAGCCGCUGGGUCAAAGAGCCCAGCGCCCCUCGCUGCUGGUCCCAGGAGCCCGACGUAUCCUGCCACUUGGCCAAGGAGCCGGAGGAACCUGACGCCCCUCGCUGCUGGUCCCAGGAGCCCGACGUAUCCUACCACUUGGCCAAGGAGCCGGAGGAACCUGACGCCCCUCGCUGCUGGUCCCAGGAGCCCGACGUAUCCUGCCACUUGGCCAAGGAGCUGGAGGAACCUGACGCCCCUCGCUGCUGGUCCCAGGAGCCCGACGUAUCCUGCCACUUGGCCAAGGGGCUGGAGGAACCCGACGUAUCCUGCCACUUGGCCAAGGGGCUGGAGGAACCCGACGUAUCCUACCACUUGGCCAGGGGGCUGGAGGAACCCGACGCCCCUCGCUACUGGCCCCAGGAGCCCGACGUACCGUGCCUCUUGGCCAAAGAGUGGGAGGAAUCCGACGCCCCUCGCUGCUGGCCUCAGGAGCCAGACGCAUCCUGCCACUUGGCCAAGGAUCUGGAAGAACCCGAAGCCCCUCACUGCUGGCCCCAGGAGCCAGACGCAAAGUGCCACUUGGCCAAGGAGCUGGAAGAACCCGACUCCCCUCGCUGCUGGCCCCAGGAGCCCGACGUACGGUGUCUCUUGGCCAAAGAGUGGGAGGAAUCCGACUCACCGAGCCUCUUGGCAGAGGAACUGGAAGAGCCUGACGCCCUUCACUGCUGGCCCCGGGAGCCCGACGCGCCGUGCUUCUUUACCGAGGAACUGGAAAAGCCUGACGCCCCUCACUGCUGUUCCCAGGAGGCGAACACCGGGUGCUUCUUGGCCAAGGAGCCAGAGGAGUCUGACGCCCCUCACCUGUGGCCGGGGGAGCUCGACGUACCGUGCCUCUUGGUCAAGGAACCGGAGGAGCCCGAUGCCCCUCGCUGCUGGCCCGAGGAGCUGAAGGAGCCCGAUGCACCCAGCGCACCGUGUUUCUGGGGCAAUGAACCAGAGGAGCCUGACGCAUCUCGCUGUUGGUCUGAGGAGCCCCCGGUGCUGUGCCUCUGGCCAGAGGAGCAGAAUGCAACGGGCUGCUGGCAGGAGGAGCCCGAUGCACCCUGCUUCUGGCCGGAGGACCGAGAGGAACCCAAAGUUCCGUGUCUCCAGUUCAAAGAGCCAGAGAAGCCCAAAGUCCCUUGCAGCUGGCCGGAGGAACUGGAAGGCUGCUGCCCUACGCUGGGCCUACCCCUAGAGCCUUUAGCCUCCGAGGGCGAACUGCUGCAGGCAUGUCCCGGGCCACCCUCGGACCCAGGCCCGGCGUUGUCGCUGUCCAGCGAGCCUGGGACAGCCCAGGAGGAGGGUGCGCGCCUCAGGACGGUGUUCGACGCCCUGGACAGUGAUGGGGAUGGGUUCGUCCGCAUCGAGGAUUUCAUCCAGUUCGCCACUGUCUACGGGGCGGAGCAGGUGAAGGACUUAACUCAGUACCUGGACCCGAGUGGGCUUGGUGUGAUCAGUUUUGAAGACUUUCACCAAGGGAUUGUGGCCAUCAGAAAUGGAGAUCCUGAUGGCCAGCUGUACAGUGUGGAGCCUGUCCAAGAUGAAGAGCCCCCUGCCUGUGCCGAUGAGUUUGACGAUUUUGUCACCUAUGAGGCAAGUGCUUUCCUGACCGCGGGCUCUCCCUUUCCCCUUCCUCUGCACUGCAGCUUCCGCUCCCUGAGCGUCCUCAGCUGCUUUCACGAGCGCUGUGCCCUGUGCACGCUUGUGCCUUAUCAAAUAGUAUACGUCCCCUCAGGUGCCUAUGGCUGUGACUCAGAAUUGCUUCUGUCUGUCUUUUGUAGAACCCGUUCCCCCAGCCAGGCUGUCGUCAUGGUGAUUGGCAGUGAGGAACAUUUUGAAGACUACGGUGAGGGCAGCGAGGCCGAGCUGUCCCCGGAGACCCUCUGUAAUGGGGAGCUGGACUGCGGAGACCCUGCUUUUCUCACCCCCAGCUCCAACCCUCUUGCCUCAAAGCUGCGCAACGUCCUCACUGAUGAGGUCUUUGAGUUUCACUGUAGCCAGUGCCACAAACAGAUCAACCGCCUCGAAGACCUUUCUGCCCGCCUGACUGACCUUGAGAUGAAUAGCCCAGCCAAGCGGCUCUCCAGCAGGAAGGUGGCAAGGUAUCUGCACCAGUCGGGGGCUCUGACCAUGGAGGCCCUGGAGGACCCUCCCCCAGAGCCUGUGGAGUGCCCAGACGAGGAUAUUGCUGACAAGGUCAUCUUCCUGGAAAGACGGGUGUCAGAGCUGGAGAAGGAUAGUGCAGCCGCUGGGGAGCAGCAUGGCAGGCUGAGGCAAGAGAACCUCCAGCUGGUGCACAGAGCCAAUGCCCUGGAAGAGCAGCUGAAGGAGCAGGAGCUCAGAGCCCAAGAGAGGGUUCUGGAAGAGACCAGGAAGCAGAAAGAGCUCCUGUGUAAGAUGGAACGUGAGAAGAGCAUUGAGAUCGAGAACCUGCAGGCCAGGUUGCAGCAGCUGGAUGAGGAGAACAGCGAACUGCGGUCCUGCACACCUUGUCUGAAGGCCAACAUCGAGCGCCUGGAGGAGGAGAAGCAGAAGAUGCUGGAUGAGAUCGAAGAGUUGACACAGCGGCUCAGUGAAGAACAAGAGAAUAAGAGGAAGAUGGGGGACAGGCUGAGCCACGAGCGGCACCAGUUCCAGAGAGACAAGGAGGCAACUCAGGAGCUCAUCGAGGACCUCCGCAAGCAGCUGGAACACCUGCAGCUCCUCAGACUCGAGGUGGAGCAGCGGCGAGGCCGCAGCAGCAGCCUGGGCCUGCAGGAGUACAACAGCCGUGCGCGGGAGAGCGAGCUGGAGCAGGAGGUCCGCAGGCUCAAACAGGACAACCGCAACCUGAAGGAGCAAAAUGAUGAACUAAAUGGGCAGAUCAUCACCCUCAGCAUCCAGGGUGCCAAGAGCCUCUUCUCCACGUCCUUCUCUGAGUCACUGGCUGCAGAGAUCAGCUCCGUCUCCCGAGAUGAGCUCAUGGAAGCAAUCCAGAAGCAGGAGGAGAUCAAUUUCCGCCUGCAGGACUACAUUGACAGGAUUAUUGUGGCCAUCUUGGAGACCAACCCAUCCAUCCUAGAGGUCAAGUAGGACAUCUUAGCCCGGUUUGGGCUGGUUAUAGACUCCACAGCGCCCCAGAGUGGCCGAGCCAAGACCAGCGGGUCCUGCAGCUUACCAAGCCUAGCGUGUAGGGGCCUCGUGCAGCUGGACUGGGGGAAUAAAGAUGAAGGUUACAGAGAACAAUAAGAAGGAAAAAAGGGAAGGCCACAGCAGACAGGGGUGAGGCUGGGCUCCCUGAGGGUCACGAAGCCAGGACCUCCCACCACAAGCUGGCCUAGCCAACACCACCCAUGUCUGCUCAGCAGAAUGCAAAUAUGUGGGGAUAGUCUCUCAGGCUGGGACGGGGCCCUCGAUGACUCUCUGGCACACCCCUCUUCCUGCUCUGCAGCCUGUUAGGAAGAUAGGGGAAAAAAUGAAUCCUCACCUCAGUUACGGCCUCUCACUCAUGUUGACAUGGUGCCACCCAAGCUUGGCCAUUCCCACAUGGUAUGCAAGCUGAGGACCCACAAGUUGGACAUAGACAUGAUACUCUGGAAAGACAGGCAGGCAGAGGUGGCAGAUGUGGGGUCUGGUCUGGAGCCACAGGCCACCUAUUCAUUCCCCUUGCGCUGCUCAGGCCUUCUCCCACCAGAUGGGCUUCCAUUCACCUUUGGACCCGGGCCUCCACGCCACACAGCCAUCCUUUGACCAGAUCCUCACUACGGUAACUCGUCAGCUCUGGUCCUCCUGUGGGGGCCAGGGCAGCUGGCUCAUGCUGACUGGAACUCACGUCCUGGACUGGUGAACACCCAGGCGCAGGUGCUGCUUCUCCUCAGGUGUGGCCUACCCUGGCUCCUGGACCCACGCCCUCCUCAGGCUGGCUUUGCUGCCCUGGGAGAAGUUGACACUUCCCAGACAAUAGUCUAGGCCUCCGGAACAAAGUUUCCUUCUCUGCUUUUGACUUUAAAUCCCUGGGUGUCCCCCAGGAGUCAUUCUGCUGGUGGGUAGGUGGACAAGGCUCUACACAGACCCAGAGGCAGAGGAAGACUUGCUGCUUGUCCCUGCACCUCUCACAGAGUGCAGCGUCCAUGGGCCUGAGCCUGAGCACUAGCCAGGAGUCUGGGCACACCAUGUGAGACCACACCAUAGGCUGUGUGAGUGUGUGUGUGAGUGUGUGUGUGUGUGCGUGUGUGUGCGUGCGCGUGUGUACAUGCAUGAGUGUGCACACAAGUGUGAAUGUAUAUAUGCUUGUGCCCACACAUGCUGCCCUGCAUCCCUUCACUGCCUACCCCCCCUUGCCUUCCCUUCUACACUACAGUUUAAGAUGUUGCCUCGUAUUGUACAUUUUGGGGAAAGCCUUGUGUGUAAAUCAGUGUAAACUUGGAGGAGAGAUUUUUCUAUCAUGUAGAGUAGGUAUUUUUUAUAGAUUGAAGGUUGAUCAAUUUUUUAAUACUUUCCAGAGAGAAAACUAUCUGUGUAUACAUAUGAAAUAUAUAUAUAUAUAUGUAUAAUAUAUCAAUCCUGAAGCCCCGCCUUUCUGUCCCAGGUCCCAAAGUCCUGUGCAAGGGCUUGGCCUGUCUCUGCUGUCUGCCCUGCAGUGCUCACUGUAAACACAGGUCUCCAGGAGACCCUGGGAAACACACCAAUCACCAACUUGCUCACAGACAGCAUCUGCUUCAGCUCCCUGAGAAGUAGCUCUUCCUCCAGGGCAUGGAAGGAUGGGAGGCCAGCAGGAUCCUGUCCCAUGUGUCAGCCACAACAGAUUAAAGCUGUUACCGCACACA